AUGGACGCAAUCGAUCCAACUCGCGGAUUUCUUAAAGAUGUUAAGCGUAUCGUUAUCAAGGGGCAAAGGUUGAUGAUGAUGGGAACAGCAGAUGAGAUUGUGAACGCCCCUGAAAAGAGUCCAGUUUUUAUGGAAGACCUUCCAGAAGCAGAACAAGGUCAUUCUGCUGGAUUAUUCAAUUUGGGAAAUACCUGUUACAUGAACUCCACAGUCCAAUGCUUGCAUUCGGUUCCUGAGCUCAAAUCUGCAUUAAUUGAGUAUCCUCAAUCUGGAAGAAGCAAUGAUUUAGAUCAGUCUUCUCAUCUUUUGACUGUUGCAACAAGAGACUUGUUUAGCGAGCUUGAUAAAAAUGUUAAGCCAGUUGCACCAAUGCAGUUCUGGAUGGUAUUGCGGAAAAAAUAUCCUCAGUUUGGCCAGCUGCAUAAUGGGUCCUUUAUGCAACAGGAUGCUGAAGAAUGCUGGACACAGAUUUUGUAUACUCUAUCCCAGAUUUUAUUUUCAUUCAUUAUUUCUGUUGGAAUGGAAUCAUGA